AUGUCUCCAGCCCAUCAACGUCUGAUGCGCACAUCCUACACAUCUCGGUCGAGAUCGACCGGGAUCCCCGCGGCCACCCUGUGGCGGCGGGCCAAUGACAAGCCUUCUAUCGCCGACAAAGCCGCCAAUCAGCAAUAUCUCACCCCGCAAGAGGAGCAAGCCCUCGUUGAAUAUGCAUUGCGGCUGGCAGACAACGGGUACCCUCUUCCAGUUAAGUUUUUAAGACCGCUCGCCCUGAUCAUCGUGCGCCAGAGGUCUUCGAUUUUCCAGAUUACAGACCCCAGCCUUAAGGUCCGGCCUCCGGGAAAGAAUUGGCCGCAGGGCUUCUAUCGACGACAUCCACAGUUAAAAGCGCGACGGCUGCGAGCGAUCGAUUGGAAACGAGAUGACCAGCAGAUUGAAGACAAAAUCCAACACUGGUUUGCCAUCAUCGGCCGAGAGCUGGCCGAUCCGACCAUUCUCCCGGAGAAUGUGUAUAAUAUGGACGAGACAGGAGUUCUACUCAGCGUUCUCAACUCCCUCAAGGUGCUCGUUAGCAAGGACGAUUUGAGAAAACACCGAGGGACCACGAUGAAAAGGACGCUAGUCACGGCGAUCGAAUGCAUCUCUGCCGAUGGUCGAUUCCUGCAUACUCUCAUUAUCUGGCCGGCUGUUACGCACCGCAGUUCGUGGACCACUCAUGCCACCCCCGGGUGGCAUUAUGCCUGCUCUAAAACAGGCUAUACCAACAUGGAAAUCAGUCUGUACUGGACGGAACAUGUGUUCGAUCCGCAGACUCGAGACCGAGCGGGCGGUCGGCCACGACUCUUGAUCUGCGACGGUUUCGGCACCCAUGAGUCUCUGGAGGUCAUGAAAUUCUGCUUUGCUAACCGCAUUCUCCUAUGUCGUCUCCCUUCUCAUACAUCUCAUAAACUGCAGCCGUGCGAUGUGGGUGUCUUCAGUCCUCUGAAAACGGCGUACGGGGCACAGGUUGAGCAGGCCUGUCGGACUGGGGCGAGUAAUAUCGUGUCCCGGCCUGAGGUACAGACCGCAGUCCCUGUGGACCAUGCGACUGUACCCUCUAAUCUCUGUCGCACUCCAAACACCUCUGAUCAUUUUUCCUUGCUUUGGAGGGAGGUCGAUCAGGACGUCCAGAGUCUGGACAGUGUGUGCAAACGCCGUCUUCAGACAUUGAGCCGCGCGGCCGAAAAGGUCUUCGCGGAGCGCGCUUUGUUGCUAGAGGAGAACCGGGUCCUCUUUGAGCAGAACAAUGAAAAGACUUCUCGACAAUCCAGUGGCCAAACAGUCAUAGGACACGCAAAAGUAAUGAGCUAUGAUGAUAUUGUUGUGGCGCAAAUGAAACGUGACAUGGCCGUGGCGAAACAAAGGUCUACCCAGAAAAAGACGUCAAAAGCCAAGGAUAAACAGCUCUCGAAAUCGGAGGAAAAGCGUAAGGCUGAGCAGGAGAUUCAAGCAUGGGAUAUGAAUGACUAUUGUUCGGUCUUAGAUUUACAGACUGAUUUGACAGUUUAG